UAGUUUAGUUCACGGACGAUUCCAACCGGCUGACAGCUUACACGGAUUAUUGCAGAAAAGCUACGCCGAAUACAACAAAAUGGUGAAAAUUGACGUGAAGUACACAAAGUUGUUUAUCAACAAUGAGUGGGUGGAUGCGGUCAGUAAGAAGACUUUCCCUACCAUCAACCCUCAAGAUGAAUCCGUCAUCACCCAAGUAGCUGAGGGAGACAAGGCUGACAUCGACAAGGCAGUAGCAGCAGCAAAAAAGGCAUUCAAUCGGUACUCCGAAUGGCGAACUAUGGACGCAUCUCAACGUGGACUUCUCCUAUUGAAACUAGCAGACCUGAUCGAGUCCCAAGCUAGAUACCUAGCUGAAUUAGAGACGCUGGACUGUGGGAAGCCAGUGAAGAUAGCUGAAGAAGAAGUGUACUACUCAGCAUCGGUUCUGAGGUACUACGCGGGAAAAGCCGACAAGAUAAUGGGAAAUACUAUUCCAGCUGAUGGAGAAGUCCUCUCCUUCACACUAAAGGAACCUGUGGGAGUAUGUGGACAAAUCAUACCAUGGAACUACCCUAUUCCCAUGCUGUCUUGGAAAAUAGCUCCAGCUUUAGCAGCAGGUUGCACAGUAAUCGUGAAACCAGCCGAGCAGACCCCUCUCACAGCGUUAGCCAUCGGAGCCCUUAUCAAAGAGGUUGGGUUCCCACCAGGAGUGGUCAACAUCGUCCCAGGGUACGGUCCCACAGCUGGUGCUGCGUUGACACACCACCCUGACGUCGAUAAAGUUGCAUUUACAGGGUCUACUGAGGUUGGGCGUCUGGUUUUGGGAGCUGCCUCAGUAGUGAACAUCAAACGAGUAACAUUGGAGCUCGGAGGAAAAAGUCCGUUAGUUGUAUUCGAUGAUGCAGAUGUGGAAAAAGCCGCACAAAUCGCGCACGCAGCGGCCUUCGCCAACGGUGGUCAAUGCUGCUGUGCUGGAACCAGGACCUACGUGCAAGCUGGCGUCUACGACCAGUUCGUCCAGAAGGCAGCUGAGAUAGCCAAGAAGAGAUCUGUCGGAAACCCCUACGAUGAUGUACAACAGGGUCCACAGAUCGACAAGGAAAUGUACGAUAAAGUUCUGGGAUACAUAGAAGCUGGUAAGAAGGGUGGCGCACGCUGUGUUGCUGGUGGUGGAAAAGUAGGAGAUAAAGGUUUCUACGUCAAACCUACAGUCUUCGCAGAUGUCCAAGAUGACAUGAAGAUUGCGAGAGAAGAGAUAUUCGGGCCAGUCCAGAGUAUCUUCAAGUUCAACACGUUCGAGGAGGCAGUGGAAAGAGCUAAUGAUACCAACUACGGGCUUGGCGCUGGCGUCAUCACCAACGACAUCACCAAAGCUUUGAGUUUCGCGAAGUUUGUGCGCUCUGGAUCUGUAUGGGUCAACACUUAUGACCACGUCACAAGUCAGACUCCAUUCGGAGGUUUCAAAGACUCUGGCCUCGGAAGAGAAUUAGGAGAAGAUGGUAUUAACCAAUACCUGGAAUGCAAGACUGUCACCGUGGCAUUACCAAAAGUGCCUCAGUUUUAAUAUU